AUGGCAGUAAAAGGAGUAUUCUCAUAUUGGUGGUUCCCCAUCAUCUCGGGCCUCGUCUGGUGCGGCAUGCUCCUUGGCCUCCUCCUCGAAUGGCUCGUAAACCAGCAUGGCCGCCGCUACCCGACCAUGAACGAGGACGCCAACAUCGCAUACAUCUCCAACGUCGGCGCCGACCGUCUCCAGCCGCUCUUCAUCGUUGGCUGCGUCCUAACGUCCGUCUUUCUCGACCUCGCCUUCUUCUCGGAGCGCUGGCUGCGACACAACGGCCGUCUCGUCCCCAACGUCUCGCUCGGCGAAAAGAUUUUGAGCAUCUUGUCCAUGGUGUUUGCCAUUGUUGGUACUGUUGGGCUUAUUUGCUUGUCUAUCUUCAAGACGGGCAAGUACAAGGUGCUGCAUAACUUGUUCCUCGGACUCUUUAUUGGAGGCUACCUCAUCUCUGCUGUAUUCAUCUGCUCUGAAUACCAACGUCUGGGCAAGAAAUACCACGAACACCGCAUGCUCCGCCUCUCCUUCUGGGUAAAGCUCGCCUUCAUCAUCGUCGAGUUCGCCCUCAUCGUCGCCUUCGGCGUCCUCAGCCGCCAGAAGAAGCGAGAUCCUGCCGCCGUCCUCGAGUGGAUCAUCUCCUUCAUCUUCACCUUCUACGCCGUCUCCUUCGUCAUCGACCUCUACCCUGCCGUCCGCACAAAGAGCCCCGACGCUAGGUACCCCAAGUCUUACCUCGUCCCCUCUGCUUCUGCCACACCCAACGACGACAGCGGUAACGGGUCGAGCAGCAUUAUCUACCCCCGCGACGUCGAGAUGGCCCAGAACGGUCCUCUUCCUCGAGACUUUUAA